GUUAAAAAAGUUAAAAUAGCAGACUCACACACAUACUCUCUCAUACACCCACAGACUCACACACACACACACACCUAUAGACUCAUACACAGACUCACUCUCACACACACACACACACACAGCAUGGCGAGUGUUAGGAUGCUCCCGAGUGGAAUGUCGAUCUGUUCCUCCGUCCCUGACCUUCUCUUCCUACCUGAACUUGUAUUCGGUGCUGCAGUGUGGAUUUUAGUGGCGUGUACUAAAGUGGUUCCUGCUAACCCUCAGGCGUACGUCAUGACUGUGUCUUUGUUCUGCUUCAUCUCCACCUUCAUCUGGAUGGUGAUGUUCCUGUGUGGAGCUCACCACAACCAAAGCUCCUGGGUCACUGCAGACAUGGUGUAUCACUGUGCAGCUGCUCUGCUGUACCUCAGCUCCUCGGUGCUCCUGGCCUACGUCACGGUCGUUAUCAGCCCCUUCAAUCAGGUCAACUUCACUCCCUACAAACUCAAUGUCUCUGCAGUGGUCUUCUCCUUCUGGACCACACUGCAGUACAUCGUACACGCUGCUUUAUCGGUCAUCAGAUGGAAAUCUUUUUAAAACACAGAUGACUGUGUGUGUGUGUGUGUGUGUAUCAGUCUUGAUGAUAGUAUAUUUGUAUUUUGUGUAAUUGAUGUAUUUGAUUAUCAGAUGGAGAGCAAUGAUUCUGUUUAAUCAGUGAAAUGUCUUUAAUCACACACACACACACACACAC